AUGCAGUUUCUAAUUAUAUCUUCAACAUUGGCUCUCUUCUUUUUAUUGAGUGAAGUGGAUGCAAGGUAUGUCCCAGGGAUCUAUAAUCUUCAAGACAAUGUUAUAAGUACCAUCAUAGUCGAUCCGAAUGGCCUAGGAAAUUUUACCUCGGUGCAACAAGCCAUUGAUUCCGUAGCACCAAAUAACACUGCGUGGACUCGAAUUCACAUCAACUAUGGUAUCUAUACUGAAAAAGUUCAGAUCCCAGUAGACAAACCAUACAUCUAUAUUGAAGGAGACUCUGAUCGCCAACCUGUGAUCCAAUAUGCGGACGGUGGAAGUAUUCUCACUAGUCCUACAUUUAAAGCACUUGCAGAAAAUUUUGUGGCACGGAAUAUAAUCUUCAAGAAUACAUACGACAAUAUUGGUGCUGACCUAUAUGAUGCCAAUGGAAAAAGGAAGACCACUACAUGGGCAGUUGCCCUAGAUGUAUCUGGAGAUAAAGCAAGUUUUUACCACUGUAGCUUUUCUAGUUUGCAAGACACAUUGAGUGAUGCCAAAGGUCGUCACCAUUUCUAUGAUUGCACCAUUGAAGGACUUAUAGACUUCGUUUGGGGCCAUGGCCAAUCAAUUUAUGAGAAAUGCUCACUAAUUUCACGAACGGACGUAAUAGGGGGCCCUGCCCAUAUUACAGCCAAUGGUCGAGGUGGAGCAGACGACCCCUCUGGGUUUGUAUUCAAAGAUUGCCAUAUUACUGGAAGUGGCCUUGCUAAUCUGGGAAGGGCAUAUGGGACUCAUUCAAGAGUAUUGUUUUACCGGACAGACAUGGACAAUAUUAUCACCCCACAGGGUUGGGGUAAUCCAUGGAAUGCAGGCCAUGAGUAA